AUGUUGUUAACUUCUGGGAGAAAGGAGAAGCUCUCCGUUUCGAAAGGCUCGGAAAUUGAAGCCUCUUCUAACGAGUCCGAGCAUGGUGGUACCGGCAAUGUAUGGUAUCGCUGUGUUCUGGAAGAAAACCUUGCUAAUUCGAAGCGGAAGAAGCUCUCUGUUCGCCACUUGAAUCCUCUGUCCAAGGAAGAAGAAGACUACUCGCCUCCGUUAAUCACAACAACCUUCCAUCGUCUGAUGCGCCCGGUCCCGCCGCAGGAUCUGUUUCCUGACAUCGAUUUUGAGGAAGGUGACAUGGUCGACGCUGCUCAUAGAGGUGGCUGGUGGUCUGGUUGGGUGGUUCGAGUUUUGGGAGAUCGGCGUUUCCUUGUGUACCUCAGAUUCGAACCUGAUGUCAUCGAGGUUCAUCGAACGGAUUUGCGCCCACAUUUGGUUUGGGAAGACGAGGAGUGGUUUCGCUCCGAAAAACGUCAAUUGAAGGAGUCGGAUUUUAGCGCCGGAAAGGCAGUAGAAGUGAGGACCAAAUUAGAACCUUUUGGCGAUAUUUGGGCUCCGGCUAUGGCCAUUAAGGAGAAUGAGGAUGGGACAUUACUCGUGAAAUCCACUAAUUUGAGCGGUGAAGAAGAUGAAUGCACCAAGACAAGCGUUCCUUAUUCCAAAAUCCGGCCUUCGCAACCGCCUUGUGCUUUAAGGGCUAUUAGGUUGAUGGACAAUGUGGAUGCGCUGCUCAAGUCUGGAUGGUGUCAAGGGUUAGUAACCAAGGUUCUCUCCGGGAAUAGAUACACUGUGCUCUUGGGGCCAAACAAGCAGAGUCAAGACUUUGACCACCUGCAGCUAAGACCAUCUAUGGUGUGGAAAGAUGGAGACUGGCUAACUAAAGAAAAGGUUUCGGAUAGAGAGGAGAGCACGCAUGCAGCUGAAGAAACAACUGUUUCGCCGCGCAUAAGGCUAACUGUUCGAACUUCAUUGGGAGGAGACAUUAAAGCUUGUGGUACAGGGAUGGCCACACGCUCUUCUAGUGGCGCUGUGAAGAAUCCUCCUCCUGCCUCUUCUGAUGUUGCAGAGGCUGUUAAAGAAUCUGUCUUUGCGAAUGAAAAACCGCUCUCCCAAUUUACAGUUCAGUUAUCUGGAGAUUUAGGAAGUAGCAUGGCUAAUGCUGCAAUGAACGGGAACACUCCGGUCGCAAGGCAACCUGAGAUGGCAGCAACAAAAGAGUUUCACUCAUCGGUAGUCCUUGGUGUAGCCGCAACUAGGCUGACGAAACAAACGGUCAAAACACAAGGAAAAACAUCACCGAGGAAGAAACUUCAGGCGAUGAAGAAUCAGAAGGGCUCUGCUAAUGAUUCUGUCGGAGAGAAGGCACCUGAGGAGUCGACAAACAGAGAGAAGGUUCAUAAGAGGAAAAGAGGUCAACCACGUAAGUUCUUAAGCGCAGAGCCUAAGAAGAAGCAGAAGACUGGUGUGGCUGCUAAUGGUUCAGCAAAUGCUGCGAUUGUGACUGAUGAUGAUCAGCCGCUCUCUUCAUGGAUCCACAUUGGAAAUUCAUCAUCAGGGAAAUCUGCUCCUCGGACUCCUGACUACCCAAUGCAUAACUCUGUUGUGGAAAAGCACGUCGAUGUUGUGGAAACUCCUACAGGGAACGAUUCGACAAUGGUUCUGCCAUUUGUAAAGAAGUCACCGUGUUGGACAGUCCUUGAAUCAAUGGAGAUCUUCAAAGCUGUGCCACAACGACCACAUUUCAGUCCACUGCUAGAGUGCGAAGAAGAGUCCCGUGAAGGGGACGCCAUUGGCGCAAUGGUGAAGUUCACUGGGCUGUUAGAGAAAGUCAACAAUAUACAGGUCGACGAUCCAAUAAGCGGGAUAAACAGGAUCAAAGAGUGUUUUCUCCAGUUAGAGAAACACGGGUUCAAUGUCACAGCACCUAUAUCUCGGAUCGGCAAGCUUUUGUCCAUUAAAGAAAGCCAGACAUGGGCACUGGAAGAGUUAAAAGUUGUUGAGAGAGAGAUCACAGAGCAAGAUACUAAAAGAAGGAAGUGUGAAGAAGAUAUCGAAGACAUCUCAAAGAAGAUUGUUGAGUUGCAGAGACAAGAAGCAUUGCUCAAGGAAGAGAAAGUGACAAAGGACAAGGAGAUAGCUCGGAUGCACACUCACGCAUUGAUUCUCGACCAAAAGGUUCAGAAAGUAGAGCAGGAGUUUCGGUCAACUGUGUCUGCCCCGUGGUAAUAA